ACUUUUUAUACCAAUAAAAAAUAAUGAAAUUGAUAUGUACUAAAAGUUAGCAAAAAAACUUUAAAAAAUAAUGAUAGACGAGGUCAAGAAAUUAAAGAAAGUACCAAUAUUGGAUUUUGAGUAAAGUUUGGGUAUUUUACGUAAACAAAAACAAAAAAUGGGACAUAAAUCAAAUCCGUAAGAUUUGGGUUUGUCUAUUCCCGAAAGUGAAGUGUACGUCGUGUUUCGUUUGUUCUUCCACAAAACCCAUCUUUCCAGUCUUCACUUUCUUCUCCGCCACCACACAAACAUAUUCUUUCUUCUUCUUCCUCUUCCUCUCCCUCUUUUUCUUCGUCAUUUCACAUUUCAUACGCAAAUAUUCUUCAUCUCUAUUUAUACAAACAUUUCAUUCGACCUUUCUCUAUUCAAUGGCGCUUACAUACGAUCCUCUCUUCAUUACAUCCGACAAAUCCCCCAUCAAUAUACCCUCUCCUCCCCCAACCUUAACCCAAGACGAGCUCAAACGAAUCGCCGCUUACAAAGCCGUCGACUACGUCAAAUCCAACAUGGUCCUCGGCCUCGGAACCGGCUCCACCGCCAAACACGCCGUCGACCGCAUCGGCGAGCUUCUCCGACAAAACAAACUCAAAAACAUCGUCGGAAUCCCCACCUCCAAAAAAACACAGGAGCAAGCUCUCUCCCUCAACAUCCCUCUCUCCGACCUCGACUCCCACCCCGUCAUCGACCUCUCCAUAGACGGCGCCGACGAGGUCGACCCUUUUCUCAACCUCGUCAAAGGCCGAGGAGGGUCUCUCCUCCGAGAGAAGAUGAUCGAAGGAGCGUCCAAGAAGUUCGUUGUGAUUGUUGACGAGACGAAGAUGGUGGAGCAUUUAGGUGGAAGUAAGUUGGCUGUUCCGGUGGAGGUUGUUCCUUUUUGUUGGAAGUUUACGGCGGAGAAGCUUAGGGAGGUGAUGGAGGGUUAUGGGUGUGAGGUGAAGGUGAGGUUGGGGGAGGAAGGGGAGGUUUUUGUGACGGAUAAUGGGAAUUAUAUAGUGGAUAUGUAUUUGGAGAAAGAUAUGGGAGAUUUGAGUGUGGUGAGUGAUGAGAUUUUGAGGUUGCCUGGAGUUGUUGAGCAUGGGAUGUUUUUGGAUAUGGCUUCUACUGUUAUUGUUGCGGGUGAGUUUGGUGUCGAGAUCAAGAAUAAAUAGAGGUCUUGUUGAUUUUCUUGAUUUUUUCUGGUUGGUAUUAGGAGAAAGAGAGGAUUAU